AAAUCGUCCCGGCUUUAUUGAUAAUCGAUCCGCAGCCGUGAAAAACCCCGCGUAUUUCCACACCGUCGAGGAACCCCGGAUCAACCACAGGAAUCCCCGACCUUCCCGUAACGUGCGACGGAGCGGGCACUGAGCUGAAAAGCAAGACAACCUUCUCAACUAAAGUUUCAGAGCAAACCACCAGGCAGAUGAGCCCUGUCAAGUGAACAGUAGCGCUGCGAACGCGAACGUCUACAUUGCCAUGGCGUGACCAGAAGCAUGCGAUCGUCUGGGCGACCGAGCCAUUGGUGGAAAUGAUCACAUGACAAUCACGUGACAAAGGCCCGUGUCUGAAGUACAGCUAGGCACCAGGAUGAGUGUACGCGGGGCAGUGGGCGUGGCCCUGCUGGUCAUGACGUUGUUCUGCCUCUGCAUGCUGCUGCUCCUGGGACACCUGGACCUGUCCCGGCCCCGGGUCGCCAUGCUGAACCACGCACUGGCGGGCGUACCUCACAGCCAGCGGGGAACACAGAGAACUUUCCCGGUACAGCAGACCGUAUCACGGGAAACAGUCUUACCAGACACGGCAUCACCCAGACGGACGCUGUCCCCCAAUGAGACCAUGGCAAGUUUCGGGAUGGAGACUAUACCUCGGUCACUAGAGUAUGUGGAAGAGCCUAUCAACAAGGAGGACCGGUUGUCAGCGCUAAGACAGAGGUGGGAGUACUAUCCUGGUAAUGAUUACGGUGAGGAAGGGGGACAGUUCAGCAACCAGUCGGGGCAAAGUGGCAGCCCGGCCCGUAGGCUCGCUGUGGUGGUGUUCGCUCAGAUGCGUACGGGGUCCUCCUUCACGGGGCAGCUCUUCAACCAGCACCCGUCCUUCUUCUACAUGUUCGAGCCGCUGUGGCACCUCCACCACCCGCAGAACGUCGCCUACAGACCGAUCCCGGUGGUGAACGGCCGGGCAACAGUCCGCCUCAGCGCUGUCGUCCACCGGCCCCCAGAGGCUACGUUCGCCAAGGUGCUCGGGGGAGUCCUGCGCUGCGACUUCGGCGAGCUGACCAAAUUCAUCGGAAGAAAGGGACUUUUCAGCGUGGCGUCUGACAAAGCUUUGAUACGAUUCUGUGACGAAGUCUUGCACUGGCCGCCUCGCCGGUGCGCUUUCGCGCUGAGGCCUCAAACCUUACCCAAGCUGGUGAAAUACUGCAAAAGGACACCCUACAUGGCAGUGAAGACGAUACGGAUUCAGAAUAUCAAUUCGCUAGAACACUUGCUGAGCGAUCCUACACUUGACUUAAAGAUAAUCCACCUGGUCAGGGACCCACGAGCGGCCAUUACGUCCAGACUAUCUUUAACAGACGCGCGCCAUAAAGCGAAGCUUCCUUUCGCUCCUAAUCUUCUCAAUGAGAAGGACAUCAACAAACUUUGUGGCUGGAUCACUAGAAGUACGGUGACAACGGGCGCCCCCUCCCCAUGGCGAGGGCGGUACAUCCUGGUUCGAUACGAGGACCUGGCAGAGCACCCCGAACUGAUGACGAAAAGGCUGUACGAGUUUCUGGGCGUGCCCCUGGACGACACGGUUCUCCACUGGGUGCGAGAGAACACAAAAGGAGACGGCAAACCUCACGACCACUUCAGCACCAAGCACCACGACGCCAACGCCACAGCCAAGAUCUGGAGGUACCGUCUGAGUUUCCCCGCUGUCCUUAAAGUACAGGAGAUGUGCCGAGACGCCAUGAAGAUGGUGGGAUACAAAGAAGUGGAGUCGCAGGAGACUUUAAGGGACUUGCAAACGUCUUUAGUGGACACAAUCCCCGAUAACGUUAUUGCGAUUCGUCCAUAACGCUCAAGUCACAUUGCCAAACCAAUGCCCCACCGGGUAGUAUACGAGUUGUGUUUUUCAGCUUUUGGAUAGGGCCGUAGAACUUCCAUCGAUUGCCAUUCAAAAAGUAUUUCUCAAAUGAAAUUACAUGAAUUUUCCAGGCCCAUGAUCAAAAGUCCGCACAUAAAUGCUGUAGGAACAUUAAAUCGCUGUCUGUAGGUUUGUAUCGUAAUAUGUUAGUGUACGUUAUAUGAACACACUGGAUACAUAAUUUACCAUAUAAGCGACAGCCUUCGCUACGUUAGGCCCAAUCUUUAUACGUAUACAGGACGAAGACCGUUGAGAAACCAAUGAACGAACGACCAACAAAUUGGCUAUUAAGAGAUCACUGGAAGACCUUGUACAUCACUUGUACAUCACUUGUUCAUCGGAAGACCGUUGAUAGAUAAAUAUUUCAAAUUCACGGCCACUCAAGCGUACUGUGGUGACGUUUCGCUGACAUCCAAGGAGAUAUUAGUCAUUUUGUUUGGAGGAACAGAGAGAUAGCUUGCUGGCAGCACGUUCCGAAGUCAUCAGCAUCACUGUAUAUGCAAUAGGGUCAAAGCUACAUAAAUCUAUCUACAAGCCAGCACCAUGCCAUAUCCCAAACGUGCCAUGAUGUAAAACGUAAAAGACUGAAUAUCCAGUCAUCCAUUUGUGUCAUACUUGUGUUACAAAAUGUAACGCGUCGUUCACUAUCAAUGGACGGACUCCUUCUUUGAUAUAAACCCAUGUACAUAAUGUAAAAGUUACUAUAUGAAUCUUUGAACUAUUAUGACAACCUUUAUAAGGUACAAAAGAAACCUAUAACUACUGUAAAACGGAUUCAAUGAUUGAUAGUUAUGUGGUAUAUUUUGAGGAGGGGGUGGUGAGAUAUGUAAGGAUAUGUCAUAUCUUCUUCCAUGCACUGUCCAGAACAGUAAUGCUUGCUGCUCUCUAGUCAUGACCACUGCCUAUCUCCCCUGCACAUACGUUAUAGCUAUUGAUUCUUACAUUUAUGCAAAGACGGACUUCGAUAAUGGUCAGUCUCAAGCUGACAAAGGCUAUGCCAAACAGACAAUACUGAAUAUGUCUUUUUGACAGUGUUUGGAUAUUGUGGAUACAUGAUUUCUGUGUAAUAAUAAAGCUUUCAUGA